AUGGGUAAGGAUGUCAGGAAAAUUGUGUAUUCUGAUCAGCCUGUGUUACUUAUGAUUUGCAAACACGUGCUCUUGAAUGUUGAUGAACUCGAUAAGGCCUUGCCUUCGAGUGUAGUUGCUUUGUUGCAGGAAUUUGAGGACGUGUUCUCUGACGAGAUCCCUGAUGGAUUACUACCCAUUCGAGAGAUUGAGCACCAAAUCGACCUCAUUCCUGGAGCACCAUUACCCAACAAACCAGCCUACCAAAUGGGCCCGGAGGAAACUAAGGAACUCCAAAGGCAAGUUCAUGGCCUACUAGACUAUGUUGUGAGUUCACAGGGCAUCAAAGUAGACGAAUCCAAGAUCGAAGCCAUCAAACAAUGGCCAACACCAAAGAUAGUUGCGGAUGUGCGAAGCUUCCAUGGUUUGGCUGGCUUCUACCGGCGUUUCGUCAAGGACUUCAGUACCAUUGCUAUGCCAUUGACUGCAGUGGCAAAGAAAAAUGACAAAUUCCAUUGGGGAGAAGCACAAGAAAAAUCUUUCCUUACUCUUAAGGACAAACUCACACACGCGCCUGUCUUAGAAUUACCUAAUUUUAAUAAAACUUUUGAAAUCGAAUGUGAUGCUUCUGGUGUAGGAAUUAGAGUUGUGUUACUGCAAGUUAAGAGAUCUUGUGCAUUCUUUAGCGAGAAACUGGGAGGUGCGGCACUGAAUUACCCCACAUAUGACAAGGAGUUGUAUGCACUUGUGAGAGCCAUGGAAACAUGGCAACAUUACCUCCGUCCACGAGAAUUCGUGAUACACACUGACCACGAAUCGUUGAAAUUUCUCAAGGGGCAGACGAAAUUGAGCAAAAGGCAUGCCAAGUGGUUGUGUGUGUCUAAUUCUUCCAUUCGAGAUUUGUUGGUUCGAGAGGCACAUAGUGAUGGUCUCAUGGGACAUUUUGGCAUUGUUAAGACAUUAGCAAUGUUGCAAGAGCGCUUUUAUUGGCCACACAUGCGUAGGGAUAUUGAAUGCAUGUUGAUAGAUUUUCAAAGAUGGCUCAUUUUAUCCCCUUGCCAUAAUACUGAUGAUGCAUCACAUACUGCUAACUUGUUUUUCAAAGAAAUUGUGCGUUUACAUGGUAUGCCUCAAACAAUUGUUAGUGGUAGAGAUGUUAAGUUCUUGAGUUACUUUUGGAAGACUUUGUGCUCUAAACUUGGCACUAAAUUGUUAUUUUCGACCGCUAGUCAUUUCCAAAGUGAUGGACAAACUGAGGUUGUCAAUCGCACUCUUGGAACUUUGUUAAGGGUCUUAAUUAAGAAAAACCUUAAGUCUUGGGAAGAGUGUUUGCCACAUGUUGAAUUUGCUUAUAAUAGAACAGUUCACAGUGCAACACACUACUCACCUUUUGAGGUUGUUUAUGGGUUUAAUCCCUUAACUCCCCUCAACUUGGCACCCUUACCAUCCUCUGAGCAAAUAAGCUUAGAUGGGAAAAAGAAAGCUGACAAGCAAGCUAACAAGCUAACAAGCAUCGUCGCAAGCUAA